CGGGCCGGUAAAAGUGUGGCGCUAGCGGAAGUGCCUUGCUUUCGGCGCAGGGCUCGCCGGGGAAUGUGGUCCCUCCGUGCGGCCCGGGGCGGUGGCCGUAAGUUCUGCGGACCCAGCGGCCGAGCGGGCGUGGACCCGGGAUGGCUGGCCCUGGCGGCUCCGGGGGUCCGAUAGGGGCCGGGGCCCUGGCAGGUGGCGCGCGAUCUAAAGUAGCUCCGAGCGGGGACUUUGACCACAGCUGCUCGGACAGUGUCGAGUAUCUGACUCUCAACUUCGGGCCCUUCGAAACAGUGCAUCGUUGGCGGCGCCUCCCGCCCUGCGACGAGUUCGUGGGUGCUCGGCGCAGCAAGCACACAGUGGUGGCCUAUAAAGAUGCCAUAUAUGUGUUUGGUGGAGACAAUGGAAAGACGAUGCUCAACGACCUGCUGCGCUUCGACGUGAAGGACUGCUCCUGGUGCAGGGCCUUCACCACUGGGACCCCGCCAGCACCCCGCUAUCACCACUCGGCUGUCGUCUAUGGGAGUAGCAUGUUCGUCUUUGGGGGCUACACUGGGGACAUUUAUUCCAAUUCUAACUUGAAGAAUAAAAAUGACCUGUUUGAAUACAAGUUUGCAACUGGCCAGUGGACGGAGUGGAAGAUCGAAGGACGAUUGCCGGUCGCCAGGUCAGCCCACGGAGCCACGGUGUACAGUGACAAGCUGUGGAUCUUCGCCGGCUAUGAUGGCAACGCCAGGUUGAAUGACAUGUGGACGAUUGGCCUCCAGGACCGGGAGCUCACGUGCUGGGAGGAGGUGGCCCAGAGUGGCGAGAUCCCCCCGUCUUGCUGCAACUUCCCCGUGGCCGUGUGCCGGGACAAGAUGUUUGUGUUCUCAGGGCAGAGCGGAGCCAAGAUAACCAACAACCUCUUCCAGUUCGAAUUCAAGGACAAGACGUGGACACGCAUCCCCACUGAGCACCUGCUCCGGGGCUCCCCGCCACCCCCACAGAGACGCUAUGGACACACCAUGGUGGCCUUUGACCGCCACCUCUAUGUGUUCGGGGGUGCUGCUGACAACACGCUGCCCAAUGAGCUGCACUGCUACGACGUGGACUUCCAGACCUGGGAGGUCGUCCAGCCCAGCUCCGACAGCGAGGUCGGUGGGGCUGAAGUGCCUGAGCGAGCGUCUGCUUCCGAGGAGGCGCCCACCCUGACUGCUGAGGAGCGAGGUGGCUUCAAGAAGUCCCGGGACGUGUUUGGCCUGGACUUUGGCAGCACCUCAGCCAAGCAGCCCGUGCAGCCAGCGUCCGAGCUGCCCAGCGGGAGGCUCUUCCACGCGGCUGCGGUCAUCUCAGACGCCAUGUACAUCUUCGGGGGCACUGUGGACAACAACAUCCGCAGCGGGGAGAUGUACAGGUUCCAGUUCUCCUGUUACCCCAAGUGCACGCUGCAUGAAGACUACGGGCGGCUGUGGGAGAGCCGCCAGUUCUGUGACGUGGAGUUCGUGCUGGGCGAGAAAGAGGAGUGCGUGCAGGGCCACGUGGCCAUCGUCACUGCCCGGAGCCGCUGGCUCCGCAGGAAGAUCGUGCAGGCUCGGGAGCGCCUGGCCCAGAAGCUGGAGGACGAGGUGGCCGCAGGUCCCAGGGAGGCGCCCAGUGCGGCCACGGUGGGAGGCCGGCCCCAGCUGCUGCACGUGGCCAUCCGGGAGGCUGAGGCCCGGCCCUUCGAGGUGCUCAUGCAGUUCCUCUACACCGACAAGAUCAAAUACCCACGGAAAGGCCACGUGGAGGACGUGCUGCUCAUCAUGGACGUGUACAAGCUGGCGCUGAGCUUCCAGCUGUGCCGCCUGGAGCAGCUGUGCCGGCAGUACAUCGAGGCCUCGGUGGACCUGCAGAACGUGCUGGUGGUGUGCGAGAGCGCCGCCCGCCUGCAGCUCGGCCAGCUCAAGGAGCACUGCCUGAAUUUCGUCGUGAAGGAGUCGCACUUCAACCAGGUGAUCAUGAUGAAGGAGUUCGAGCGCCUCUCGUCCCCCCUGAUCGUGGAGAUCGUGCGGCGGAAGCAGCAGCCGCCUCCCCGGACCCCCUCCGACCAGCCGGUGGACAUCGGCACGUCUCUGAUCCAGGACAUGAAGGCGUACCUGGAGGGGGCGGGCGCGGAGUUCUGUGACAUCACGCUGCUGCUGGACGGGCACCCGCGGCCGGCCCACAAGGCCAUCUUGGCUGCUCGCUCCAGCUACUUCGAGGCCAUGUUCCGCUCCUUCAUGCCCGAGGAUGGGCAGGUGAACAUCUCCAUCGGGGAGAUGGUGCCCAGCAGGCAGGCCUUCCAGUCCAUGCUGCGCUACAUCUACUACGGCGAGGUCAACAUGCCGCCCGAGGACUCGCUCUACCUGUUUGCGGCCCCCUACUACUACAACAACCGGCUGCAGGCCUCCUGGAAGCAGAACCUGGAGAUGAACGUGACGGUGCAGAACGUGCUGCAGAUCCUGGAGGCGGCCGACAAGACGCAGGCGCUGGACAUGAAGCGGCACUGCCUGCACAUCAUCGUGCACCAGUUCACCAAGGUCUCCAAGCUGCCUACGCUGCGGUCGCUGAGCCAGCAGCUGCUGCUCGACAUCAUAGAGUCCCUGGCCUCCCACAUCUCUGACAAGCAGUGCGCGGAGCUGGGCGCCGACAUAUAGGGCCCUGGCGCCCCACCCACCUGGAGAGGGGCUGGCCCACUGCAGAGACAGCACCUGCCUCAUUCGCUUGCACCUGCUGGGAGGUGGCUGCACCUGUCGAGCCAAGAGCCAGGGUGCCCAGAGGCUCCAAAAGGAGCUGAGGUGGAAUGGGAGGCCCUAAGCACCUUGUCUGAGGACAGAGGUCACCCAGGAAACAGAUAAAGCAGAACCCCUCCCAGGCA